AUGGCGCAGUUAGUGGAAGUACGAAACGACGACGGGAGUUUUCUGAAACUGAAAAAGUAUGAUGACAGGUACUAUAUUCAUCGCUUCGUUGGAAAUGUCAAGGAUCAUCUUGCUGCAAUAGAUGUGAUGAACGUCAGGGAAGAUGACACAUUCAUACUCUCGUACCCAAAGUCAGGAACCCAUUGGACAUUUACUCUAGCCAGCAUGCUUCGUACAGGGGAGACAAUCUACCGCGGAUCGCCCACAUUUUUAGACUUUACCGACAUGGAGACGAUUGAUAACCUCCCGUCCCCCAGAGUCUUUGCCAGUCACAUGACCUUUGACUUCAUGCCCAAACAAGUCAAAGAGGGGAAAGGCAAGGUCGUUGCAAUAUUUCGGAAUCUAAAAGAUGUCAUGUCGUCACUAUAUGCAUUCGGGAAGAUAAUGGAUCACCCAGACUUCCUCAGUAGGUACCAAUUCACGUGGAAAGGUCUUCUCGAAUUACACAUGAAAGGCCAAAUUUUCUGCGGUUUCUGGUUUGAAUACAUACAGAAUUGGGAUAACGUGAGGAGGGAGCACCAGGGGAAUAAUAUAAUGUACCUUAUGUACGAAGAUAUGAUACAGGACCUAAGAUCACACGUGCAAAAGUUAGCGUUGUUCCUUGGUGUGUCGUUUGGACCGGGCUUCCUGGACAAGGUAACUGAAAAGUGUACGUUCCGGAACAUGGCAACAGAAGCCACAAAGACGUUUACGCAAUCCGAUCUUUGGAACGAAUUGCCCAAAUCUAAAACCAUCCCUAUCUACAGAAAAGGUGAAGUCGGAGACUGGAAAAAUUACUUCACAGUUGCUCAAAAUGAACACUUUGAUAAAGUAUAUAACGAGAAAAUGAAAAACUCAAGUUUCGAUUUCCGAUUUGAAUCCUGGUAA